GUUAUAGACGUGUUUGCCUUUUGUCACAUUGCAAUUUCUCGAGGAUGAUCUUCAGUUUUUUUUCUGUUGCAUCUCGUCUAUUCUAAUCCUGCGAUCCUGUGAAAUCAAAAGCGAAAAGGAAAAAAGUCUUUCAAACAACAUCAACAUGAAGAUCCUCUUCGCCUGUCGAACCGACACGAUAGGCACGUUGCUUGAAAAUUGCGGGGACUUUGAGAAAGCGCAGAGCUUGAAAAAAUCCAAGGAGCUGGCGGUCCGGAACAUUUUGAAAAAGUUGGUCAUCACCGAGGUCGCCGCAGAAUUGCUUUUGCUACCCGGGUCUUCUUCAAACGGCGGGGGGUCCUCUUCACAGAAAAGCAUGGAGUUGAGACUUGUGACGUACACGAAAGAAGACAUUUUGGAAAAAAUUCAGUACCACGAAGACCUGUUGGAAGAGGACAUGGAGGAAGAAGAACUACCACCACAGAUGAAAUCUGUCGGCACAGCACAAGGAAAUAAAGCGAGCAAGAAACCAGAUUUCGAGCAAAUCAUCCACAACGACAAGUGUCUAUCCGCCGUUUUCGAAGCAAUAGCCGCGCUCACCUACCACCGUGCGGACGACACGGAAACGGAAAACACGUUUUUCGUUUGGGAGCCACGGGAUGUGGGGGAGCACUUGAGGCUGGAGGUUAAACGCGCGGUGCAUUCGGCGAAUCUUCGGCAAUCAGGGAAGACCACGACGCAAUCUGUCAGGCAGGGUGAUGAGAAUGAAUACCUGGAGAAGAUCAUCCUGCAGCGAAUUUUGGAUUGCGAAUCGCUAGACGUCGUGAACGUGCAAAAACUUUUGGCGGAGAAGAACCGGAUGGAACAAUCGGAUGGCGGGGGGAGGAAGAAAAUAGAAUUCCGGUCGUUGGAUGACGUUUUUUCGAAGGACGUGGUUCCGGAGCUGGAGAAGGGGAUAAAGCAAGGCAAGUUUAAGAACAUCGACGACAGUGUGGGGAAUCUGCUGUGCAAGUACCAUGGCAGCAUUUAUGGGGUGGAAACACAGAAAGAUGCGGGCACAGAGAACAGCUCUGCUUCUACGUUUUAUGACGGGAUGGUCGCUGGAGCAGCUAAUCUACGAGAUUCUGUUAAUGCGUUGAAAAACUUGGAUUUGGAUUCUGCGAGUCAAAAAAUAGAGCAGAUGAAGGAGAUUCUUCGAGCAGAUAUCAUACCACCAGGAUCUUCAAGCGCAAGCACCUGA